UUCAUGCUGUUGUGGUUGCUUCAUGGAAGUUUCAUUCUCAGACUCUGAUUUCAUUUGACAUUGAAAUUGCGAGAGAUAUUAAUCGUUUUGGCAAUAGAACUGAUCGAAAGGGGAAAGGCCAUUGAAAGAAGUAAAAUCCUGCAAACUGAUGAAAAGGUUCUUUUAUCGAAGAGUUGAAAGCAGUGCAAUAACGCGUGAAAGUUGCAGCGUCUUCUAAUCUGCUGAUGACGACAACAACAUUACGUUAGGCCCAAGUUAUAAAUCAACGAUAUAGACAGUGAACCAGAACGACUCUACUUUUUUGUCAACUUUAAGAUACAAUCAUGUCAAGGGGAGACUUUGGCUCUUCUACAAAUUACUACAAGCCAGGCUACCAAGAGGGAGACAGUGAGUACAUCAGAUUGUCAAAUGCUGUGAGCAAUAAUGUUCAGUCUAUGACAAAAAAUGUUGCUGCCAUCCAGCGCUUGACAAACAAAAUAGGAACUUCAAGUGAUGUUCCUGAGCUUCUGGAAGAUUUGCAAGAAAAGCAGAUGGAUGCACACAGAAUUGCGAAAGAAACUGCUAAUUAUUUAAAGCAGCUUGGGUUUAUCGAGAGUGGAACUCCCCAGGAACAGAAACAACGAAAAUUACAACAAGAAAAGUUAAGAGACAAUUUCUCUGAUGUCCUGGGCAAGUUACAAAAAGCACAACGCCUGGCCGCUGAGAAGGAGAAGGCAAGCGUCCAAAGAGCUAGGGCAGCCUCGGUAGAGUACAGGGACUAUGAGGGAAAGACGGAGCCUCUUGGGCAACAAGGUGGUCCUUCAUUACAAGUCCAAACUGAAGCAGACUUAAGUUUAGAAGAAAUAAGAGAGAGAGAAGAGGCAAUCAGGAAGUUAGAAAGUGACAUUAUCGAUGUAAAUGACAUCUUCAAAGAUCUUGCCUUGAUGGUUCAUGAGCAGGGUGAUAUUGUUGAUUCGAUAGAAGCAAAUGUUGGAAACGCAGCGGCCAAUAUAGAAGAAGGAAACGUCCAGCUUGAAAAAGCGAGAGAUUAUCAAAAAGCCUCAAGAAGGAAACUAUGCUGCUUGGUUGUCAUAUUGCUUGUUGUGGCUGCAAUCAUUGGUAUCAUCAUAUGGCAAACGACUAACUAAAAGUCAUGCAUGCAAAGUUGAUUGACCCUGUGUAUUUUCCAUGCUUUAUGAAGACUUGCAAGGUUACUUUGAUUUAAUGUAAAAUACAAAAUAAUUGACUAAAUUUUUAUUUUCCAGCAAAAUAAACACAAAUUAUGUCGUGAGUAAUCGUCAAGGGGUGAACGAUUUUCAAGUUAUCCUUUUUGAGAAAUUUUUUGAAAAUUUGUCUUAGAAUAGAAGGCCAGGCCAAUUGCUACCAUAAGAAAGGGGUUAUGGACGUUUAGGAAAAUAAGAAACUUCAAUACUUGGUGCAAAAAUUGCAAAACUUAUGCUGAAUAAAUGCUCAACUCCGAAAUGCAGAACCUUGAUUUUCAAGCAGUUUUUCACUGGUUGAUAUAAAGCUUUAGACGCAAGCAUUGCAUGUGAAUAUCAAGGGAGUUUCCAUUGGCAUAAGCUGUGGCCGUAUUUUCUUUGAGACAUCCUCUAAUAAGUUAUUAAUCCCCCCUUUCGUUGAUUCAAAGAGCAUGUAUAAUAGCGAAUUGAGUCAUGUUCCUUGAUCCCAAGAAUGGGGGUUGCGUCACUCACAUCAUACAAGGGUGUUGGCAAAUAUUUCUUACCAACGAAGACCUGUCUUAAGUAUUUUUUGCUGAGAAGAGUUUCGUGUAAGGAGUCGUUUUUUAUAGAAUUUUUUUCAUGUUGAAGGCUUACCCCAAAAGUAGUAACUGAUUAUAAGUCGUUAGCUGUAAUUUAGAUUAUUGGUUAAUUAUUUCGAUUUUCGAUAGCAAGCGUAAAAAAUGGCUCGUAGAAGCUUGCACUGAACUGCACAUGCAAAGAAAAAGUAUUGGUAUGCGUUAUUGUAAUAUUA